AUGUUUCUUCAAUUACUAUCUAUAAUUGGUGCUAUACUAGGAUUCUUAUUAUUGGUGCUUUCAAUUGCAUCAGGAUUAUAUUAUAUAUCCGAAUUGGUGGAAGAACAUACUGAACCAACCAAACGUUUCCUUAAGAAAUUGAUUUAUUCCAUAAUGAUUGCAUUUGUAUUAUUGCUUAUAUUUGAUAAGUUCCCAAUUAAAUUGACUUUGUUUUCAAUAUUUUCAUACUAUAUUUAUUUGCAAAACUUGAAUAAAUUCCCUUAUGUUGAAUUGACGUCACCACUUUUCUUGGGGUCCUGUGUUUUAGUUAUUAGCAACCACUUUUUAUGGUUCCAUCAUUUCAAUAAUCCAUAUAUCCCACCUUUAGAAGUAAGAUUAAGACCAAAUUAUGUUCCUCCACGUAUUCCUACAUUUCUUGAAAUUUGUUCCUUCUUUGGGAUUUUAGUCUGGUUAGUACCUUUUGCAUUGUUUGUUAGUUUAAGUGCUCAUGAUAACUUGUUGCCACAUCACAUGGAUAAGCAAGAUGAUAAAAAGAAAAAUAACGGGUUGGCUAAAGUUGUUGUUGGAAACAUAAGAGAAUAUGUUUAUACGAUAAGUAGAAAGUUGGGUUACGAAUUGGAUCCUCACCAUGGAUCAAUUGUGUAUUAG